UAACUGUGUUGAUACGUGGUAGCAUUUAAAUUACGUGCGCUUAUUUCAAAAUCAAACAAAAUAGAAAGAAACCUUAGGUGGUCAGUUAAUUUUGCCGGCAUAUCGGGACGUGGGUAACUCUAGAGUUGGGGUGUCCCCUAUACAAUUUUAAAAAGUCACACAUCAAAGUGUAAACAGAAGUCAAAAAUUGAAUUUUUUUUUCAAUCUAAACAAGUGUUGUUUUUACUUUUAUUUGUCAAAACAGAUGUAGCUGACUUAUAUCAAGUCAAAAAAAAAAGUAGAUCCUUUUCUACUAGAAUUCCUUAAACUGGAUUUUUCAAAGUUAUCACUAUCAACCUCUAAUUCUUUGCCCUUAAUCAUCUUUCCCAUCAUUAUUUUCGUUCAAACGUUCUAUUUUUAGUUCAAGUCUAGAAUAAAACCAAAAAAAAAAAAAAACGCGUUCGUUACGGACGAUUCGACAGGAUGCGCGGCUGGGAAUAAGUGUUUUUUCAAGUGAUGUGCACAUAGAAAGAUAAAAUAAAAGGAAAAUAUUUUCAUUUGUGGCUAUGAUGGUAGUGAAUCACACUUACCGUUGCAAAGGAUGAUGAUGAUGAUGAUGUCGAUGACGGUGAUUACAAGUGCUUUGUUCCAAUUCCUAAGUGUCAGGAUGAUCAUAGUGUUGAUGAUGGUCAUGAUGAUGAAGCACUUCAAGGCGAAAUAAUUUUAUAAUUGAAAUUUUACAAAAGAAAAUUUAUUGCACAAGUAGCUAAUUACAACAAAGUUGUGGCAUUAGAUACAACCAGAGCAAACCAGAGUAAAGCAUGAAGGAAAAAGAAUAUAAUGCCAACCAUACCUAUAGUUCUUGUUGCCAAUCUGUUGUGUAUUUGUUGCAUUCGUGUAUAAAAGAUAAGUGCUUAAAUAUUUCCCUUUUUCUUUUUUAAGUGAAAAAUAAAACCAUAGUUCUUUAAACGUUGAAUUAAGGUGUGUGACAGGAUUUUUUAUAUUAAAUUGUUUUUGGGUUUUUGCUUUAUUCUGGCUGAAUAUUUUGAGAGUGUGAAAAUUCUGACAAAAAGUGUAAUGAAAUGUUGCUGGAAUACUUAAUACUGUUCUUUUGUGGAUUACUAAUCGACAGAUCUACAACAAGUAGUACAGAACAAUCAUGGACACAAUCCAAUGAACUGUCGACAAUCGUAGAGGAAGAAAACAACAUGCAACCAUAUUUUGAAAACACCACACAGAGGUCGAUUAUAGCAGCCGUUGGACGAACGGCCAAGUUGCAUUGUAAAGUGAGAAAUUUAGGUGAUCGUGCGGUAUCGUGGAUACGAAAACGAGACUUGCACAUUUUAACCAUUGGAAUAAUGACAUACACAAAUGACCAACGUUUUCAAGCUAUGCAUCUGGAUGAUACAGAUGAAUGGAUAUUGAAGAUUGUUUCAGUACAACCUCGAGAUUCAGGAAUUUAUGAAUGUCAGGUAUCAACUGAGCCAAAAAUAAGUCAAGCGUAUCGCUUGACUGUUGUAGUGUCCAAAGCGAAAAUCCUCGCUAAUCCAGAGCUGUUCUUCAAAAGCGGAAGUGAUAUAAAUUUAACAUGUAUCGCAACCCAAGCACCCGCCCCACCAUCAUACAUCUACUGGUACAAGGACGGUGAUUUAAUAAACUAUUCGCAGCGUGGCGGAAUCAAUGUUCUAACCGAACGUCAGACAAAAACAAGUAAAUUAGUGAUAGCCCGCGUGGUGCCGUCAGAUUCUGGCAACUAUACGUGUACACCUAGUAAUUCAAAUUCCGAUAGUGUGUACGUUCAUGUCAUUAAAAGCGAACAUCGGGCAGCAAUGCAGCAUGAGCAUGCCAACCGCCUUGAUGUUCCCAACUGGAUUAUAGCCAUUUCAUCAUUGUUCUAUAUCCUUCGAAAUUUCCACAUCCUAAAGUCCAUGGGAGUUGUGUGGGUGGGGAAUUGUGGGAAAAAGCAGUUAGCAGGUGGACAUCAUCAAUUAUUGAUUGCUAGCAGAUAGCAUACCAAAAAUUGAGAAGCCAAUAUAACGAACAAAAAAAUAAAACAAAAUAAAUAAAAAAAAAAGUAAAACUAAUUAAUUAAUUAUGUACGAGUAUCAAAGUAGAAUACAUUUUAGAGUGAAAAUUCUUUUUUUACAGACUUGAUGAUUGAAAAUUGAAAUACCUAAUUGAAAUAGUUAGUAACUAAAUUUAAGAAAAAAAAAAUUAAUUAAAAUAUUUCAUUAAGUGUAAAUAGAAGAAAAAAAUAUGACGAAUUCAAAAUUAAAAUUAUUUAAGAAUAAGUGUUUACAUAUUAGAACAAAAAUGAAAUAGAUGUAAAAAAAAAGACAAUGAACUGUAAAUAAAAAAAUUGUGAAUACUUAACGUAAGCUCGAUGUGAAUUUUAAUAUUUAAUACGUUCUAACCACAACAACAAAAAAUAUUUGUAAUGAAUAAAACAAAUUAAACAAACAAAAACGUAGAUAUACAAUCAAAGAAAUAUCUGUGGGAUAUGAUUUUUUUCUA